UUAUCUGAAAGUAAAUUGAUGCUGUUUCUGCCCAAAAUGACAUAUGAAUAAUAACAAUUUCAAUAAUUAUAUUUCAUUUUUUGAUUGUGCCAAGAUUCAUGUUGUGAAAAAAGUAGAUCCUUCUUCUGAAACUCUCACUUUACAUACUAUUUAUCCAGUAAAUGUGUCCAAAUGAUGAAUUAGAAAAUCUUCCCACACCUACAUUUCUGCUUCUAUUUCUUCUGGCCCUUCCUGUAGUUUAACUGCAGUGAAGUGUAGUGAUGCACUUCACCUCAUCAGCUGCAGUAUUCGAUCGCUCACAGAUUUCCAAUGAGUGUCUGUCUAAUAAUAGACUCCCACAUAAGAUGUACUCAUGUAUCCUCACUGAAGUACCCAUUGAGAAUCUUCCUUUCUCCUCUCCUCGAGCUUCAAUAAAACAAGUAAGAUGUCUGUGGCGUCAAACAAGUGUGAGCAUAGGACCAGCAUCUGUGGAGGAACUCCAGGCCUGAAGGGGGCAGAGAGAGCUCACCCAGACACCCAACAGACAGGAUGCAACCCAUGUUUCUGGAGGGACCGAUUUCACCUGCGCACCUCUAAUCAAGCAUGAGUAUAAAAUGUUUGGAGUUAGCUCGGCGAGCCAUCUUUGCUCGGUCUCCUCAGCCUACUGACAGCUCAUGUUCAACCACAGACGCAACUGGUUAUCAACCUAUUCUUCCUCUGGAAUUUCACUUUGUGCCAUCAAUCUAAAAGAAAAUAAAUCACCAGAACGGAACAGAGUUGUCCCCUUGCAUCAUUUGUGUUGAACAAGCCGUUUUCAAGUUUGGGCAGAGCUGAAUCUGAAUCUUAACAUCUGGAUAACUUGACAGUUGAUAACCAGUUUAUAUCCAGCGUGGCAGUGAAGACCCCAGGAUUAAAGCCUGAAGAAAGGAAAGCUGUCAUUGCAAAGGGAGAAUUGACUGGGAAACAAUGGUGAAGGAAGCUCUUGGGAAAACAGUGAAACAGCUGAAGCAAGAGAGGACCUUGGCUAGAAGUGCCUUCACCAAACAAGCCAACUUCCUGAGCAGAACGUCAGGAAAUUUGACAAAGACUGAACUACAAGAAGAGUUCAAGGAGCUCACGUCACUGGCAAGGAACAUCGGGGAAACGAAUGAUGGCUACAGGGCUGGCCUACUGGCAGACCUUGAAGCUGAGACUGAUGAAGGUGAAGAAGUCAAGCUGGACGAGCAGCAGCCAACAGACCUGGAAAAGGUAAUGGAGGAGUGCGAUGCAAAACUGGAUGAAGUCCGAAAAACAGUCCAAAACAACCUUUGGCCCAGAAAUGGGGAAGGUGAGAUCGGAGCUGCAAUAGAAGAGGCAGAGACAGCCUGUGAGGUACUUCAGGGAAUACCUGUCUCCGCCGUGAGUAGAGAUGGCUAUGAGCUACGGUGGGACAGUGUGAAGAAGCAAAUCCAAGGUGCCGCUACAAGCCUAUCAGAGUGGGAGAUGUGGAUUCCAGCAUUACAGAAGGCAAGUCUGGAGGACAGAGUGAAGGAGCUGAAAGCUCUAAACACCAGCCUUGAAGCGAGGAGAGCAGAAUUUCUCACAGCACAAAGAAUGGCAGAAGAGGAGAGAAGAUGAAGAACACCACCACUGCCUGUGCCAGCUCAUCAACCAAUAGUAAAAAUAAAACCAACCAGUCUACCCAGGUUCGACGGAUUCAAAAGGAAUUUCCAUCGAUGGAGGAAGGACUGGGAGAACCUGCAAAGGCAGGGGGAGCCGACCGGCUCAGUAGAGGCAAAGAAGUUCCAACUCCUGGACAGCGUUGAGGAGAGAAUUUGCCAGGACCUGCGCCUGCCUACUUACAACAAUGCUGAAGAUAAGUUCAGAGUGCUGGAGAUCAGGUAUGGAAACAAGUCUACAAUUGCCCUGGAGAUAAUUGAAGAUCUGGAGAAAUUUCCUGCUUUAAGAGCAAACCAGCCAAGGAAAGUCAUGGACAUGAUUCAAACCAUUGAGAAGGCCCUGAACGAUCUCACAGAGCUCGGAAACACUGGAGCCAUAAAGAAUCCUCUGGUGAUAAGAUCCAUAGAGAACAUGCUGCCCUUGGCGACAUCAAGAAAAUGUACAAUUCUGUGUGGCUGGAAGACCUGGAGAUGCACCUCCACAGAUUUCUCUGGAGAGACACUGAGGAGGGAGAGAUCGAAGAGUAUGCCAUCACCAGAGUCAACAUUGGCGAUCGACCAGCAGGGUGCAUUGCACAGCUGGCCAUGAGGGAGACAGCAAAGCUGCCCAUGUUUGCUCGCCUGGAGGAGGAACGUAGGAUCCUUGAUGAGGAUGCUUAUGUCGACGAUGUCCUGACCUCCCAUAAUGACUUGCUAAAGCUGGACCAGAACACCAACAGACAGGAUGCAACCCAUGUUUCUGGAGGGACCGAUUUCACCUGCGCACCUCUAAUCAAGCACGAGUAUAAAAUGUUUGGAGUUAGCUCGGCGAGCCCUCUUUGCUCGGUCUCCUCAGCCUACUGACAGCUCAUGUUCAACCACAGACGCAACUGCUCAGUGGCGGUGAAGAUGACCACUGCACGGUACCGUCCCACCUGGGAGCUGGCCGUUGACCCCCUGGUCUCGUGUAAGCUGUGCCUUGGAGAGUUCCCUCUGGAGCAGAUGACGACCAUUACACAGUGCCAAUGUGUCUUCUGUACACUGUGCCUGAAGCAGUAUGUCGAACUCCUGAUCAAAGAAGGCCUUGAAACUGCAAUUAGCUGUCCAGACUCUGCCUGUCCCAAAAGAGGACAUUUGCUGGAAAAUGAGAUUGAGUGCAUGGUGGCCACAGAGAUGAUGCAGAGAUACAAGAAGCUUCAGUUUGAAAGGGAGGUGCUGUUGGACCCAUGCCGGACGUGGUGCCCUUCCUCGACCUGCCAGGCCGUGUGCCAGCUGAAGGAAGCAGAUUCUCCUGUGCUGCCCCAGCUGGUCCAGUGCGCUGUCUGUGCCCUCGAGUUCUGCUCUGCCUGCAAGGCCAACUGGCACCCCGGACAGGCCUGCCAGGAGAACAACCUGCCCAUUACCUCCUUUCUACCAGGAGAAAACAGCGCUUUUUAUAAGAAUGAAGAGGAUGACGCACCAAUCAAGCGCUGUCCUAAAUGUAAAGUUUACAUCGAGAGGGAUGAAGGCUGUGCACAGAUGAUGUGCAAGAACUGCAAACAUGCCUUCUGCUGGUACUGUCUGGAGUCCCUGGAUGACGAUUUUCUCCUCAUCCACUAUGACAAAGGGCCCUGUCGAAACAAACUAGGCCACUCUAGGGCGUCUGUUAUCUGGCACAGAACACAGGUUGUUGGGAUUUUUGCCGGCUUCGGCCUUCUUCUGCUCGUUGCCUCCCCCUUCCUCCUUCUGGCCACUCCCAUCGUCCUCUGCUGCAAGUGCAAGUGCAGCAAAGGCGAUGAUGACCCAUUGCCAACCUAAACACGCCAUUGGAGCCGGAUGCUUCAUGGAUGGGCCAUGUUUUAUUUCCUUUUCAUCCCUUUUCGUUCCUCUCCUCCCACCAGCGUUGAGUGCUUCAUUUUUUUCUGGCUGAGCCUGCACCAGCCCCCGGCUGCUUCGGGAUCCAUCGCUCUGCAUGAGAGAGGCAUGGUAGGAAAGCGAACCUACACCUUUGCUGAAUAGAGGUUGAAGGUCAGAGGAGGUCAGACUUGUCAAGGACCACUGUGUCCGUGUCAAGACAUUGGUGGUCUGGGGAUGAAGACAAAGCCCGGGCUGCUUCAAGCAGUCCUUAGUUGUGGGUUACUGCGAUGUGGAAUUUUGACGCGUCACAGCAAACAAAGGAAAAGUUGGUAAGAUAAGAAGAAGAUAAAUGCUUUUCUCUUGUAUGGACAAUAUAAUGCAGGAGCCACUUUGGAAAUAACUUUUACUUUAUCGCUCUGUUUUGUCGGUUUGUCGUACGCAACAAAAGCUUUUUCCCCACCACCACACUCAAUGUAGCUCUACAGAGUCAGUCAGUAGCAUUAGAGUUGCACCACGCAUGUUUGGUGUUCACUCGAUUUGCACACGGAACAUGAAUUCUACUUCAUGUUCGCGACUGAAGUAGAGACAGGAGGCUGUUAUCACUCUCAACUCGAUGUACAGCACGUCCUCUUGAUGAUGUCAAUGUUUUAUAACCGGUUGCUUUUAAUAGAACUGUGCUCAGAGUAGUGUCUGUGUUGUACUUUGAGUGUUUUCCAAACUGUUACGUACACUUAUUAAAGGGGAUUGCCACUCAAAUCUAGAAAUAUAUUUAAUUUGGUGACAGUGACAAGUUUUUUUUAAAACGUCCAGCGUAUAUUCUUCAUACUAUCUGUCCAAAUUCAUUCUCCAAAAAAUGUCACACAGAUUUGUUAUGUUCUUAGAUCCAGACAUUUCCCAAAUUGAGUGGUACUUCCCUUUAAGGACAGCAUUAAGUCUAUUAGAGGGCGUUGUUUCCUCGCAUUGUGGAACAAUUUUAAAACCACGAUAAUAGAGAUGUCAAUCCUGUAAUUCUCAGUCCCCAGGUGAUGGUUUAGCCAAAUAGAAAUGAAGAGCCUUAAAUUGAGAAUAGCCAAAAUCAGGCAUUUCCCCUGUGCAUUAAAAAUAAUUAAAGUCCAAAUAAUCCCAGGGAGAGCAUGUUUAAAAGCAUUACAGACAGUCAGUGAAGCCCUUUAUAUUCAGAUGAUUCUAUGAUGUCAUCCAUAUGCCACACUGUUAAUAGCCAUACUGUAAAAAAACGAAAGAAAAAAAAACAGCUGUCCUAAACUGAUGUUUUGUGUGACCUAAGGCCUGUAUUUCCUAAGUCUUUUUGAGCAGGAGAGCUGCAAAAUAACUCGUAGUUUAACUCCCACUCUUUAAGACUUAACAAAUAUCUGCCCAAAUUGCAAACUUGCAUAUGUUAGUGGUCCAAGUGUUGAUGUUUUCUUUUGUUGGUAGUUACACCUCCAACGACAAGCAGCUAUUCCCUGCAAGGGGCAUCAGAAAAGCCUAUAAAAGAAUGUUCUGUUUUUGGGCAUGUAAUUAUUAAGCUGCUCUAUACUGUAUCACUUUAUCUAUGCAAGUUUGUACAUUAACAUUCUUAAAAGGCUAUGGAUUUAUCAUAUUCAACUUUGUCAUGAUUAGGAUUAAAGGUAGAGCCGCAGAAUGUCACCAUAUAUUUGCAUAUCAUGGCUUUUAUUUAAUCAGGGAGUUAUUCAGAAAAAUAUCCAUUAUGUUUUCAUCUUCCAUGUCUACAGUAUGUUACUGUUUUUCGCUAUAUUUGAAGUUUGUUAGCUUAAAAACCAGAACAGGGUUUUGCCAUUUUUCAUUUGUUAAUCCUCAUAUCAGCGAGGGGAAACUCAGCUUCAGUUAAACUAUUAGUCAAUGUUAAGUUAGUAAGGGAACAAAGUUAAACCCAUUUAAUUAUAAACCAAUUAUCCCACUAUGAUUGCCUGUGUUCUGUCUCAUUUCUUUGUUACCAUGCUUCUCAUCCCAGCCAUUCUAAUGUUUGACAAGCCAUUUACAACUGCUUUUUUAUGUAGCAUUUCAUUGAAAAUGUGUCUACAGUUACCAAAAAAAGAUGAACAGUGGGUAUAAACAGUAGCCAGUCUCCAACUCGCUCCAGUCAUUUUUACAUUUGGCGAGGUUGUUCUGUAGGAUGAUCCUCUUUAUUGGUAGUAGCCUUACAAUUUGAAUACUUUUCCUGUAGCCUGUGUUGCUUUCACUGACCUCACCUACUGUCUGAGCAUGAUCAUUUGAUAUUCAAGCCAGUCCAAUUUUCUACUUUUGAAGUUUGGUGCUUUUCCCAAAAUAUAGUUAAAUUCCUCAAGCUUUUGUUGUUUUAAUGACAAUCGUGCCAAGCAGAUUUCCUGGCUCAGAUAAGGAAACGGAGCUGUCCACUGUAUGUGCAUUUUGACCAUGUAUUUGUAAUGUAUUAACAGUUUUUACAGGGUGGGAAAAAAAUGUUUUAAUGCUUCUUUAUGUAAACGCUGCAUUGUAUAUGGGUUUCAUUGUUUCCUUGAUAUGAUCUGUGAUGUGCGUGGUAUGGUGCCUGCUGUGUUCAACAGGGGAGUUUAGCAGCUGAACACAAUAUCUACUCAAAAGAAGUAAAUAUAUAUGACAGAUUGCAACCAUACUUUUAAAGUUUUUUUUAUCAUUUUUAUUGUUAUCAGGGCUCUGUUAGCAAAAGCGCAAAAAUAUUAAUUCAAACACAACUUUAACCACCAUCAAAGUCUUCAGCAGGCACAAAUUAAAGUCGAUCAAAAUCAUGACCACUUCCAUUUUUUUACACAACAUUCUCUUUUACUUAUGUUUGCUGGCACCACUCGACAUAUAGAUACUCUAUUAUGCAAAACAAACAGCAAACAAUCACUGCAGUGUCACAUUGCAUAUUGUUUUCUACGAUAGAAGCUUCCCAGGGCUCAAUAUAAAGGCCUAUAUAACAACUUAAGCAGAUGAAACAUCAGCACAGGUGUUGAAAAAGGACAUUCAGACAAAGUUAAGGACCUGUUCCUAGGAUUUGGCCCUUGAAGCAGGGUAAAGUUAGCUUUACAAGUGCUUAAGGUCUACUUUGCAACUAUUCUAAGAUCAAGUUUGGUUACAAGCAGCAAUUUAUAUUUUAUAACCGUUUGUGUCAAGAGAUGAAGCUGCAUGAUUUUUCUCUGACUUCGACCUGCUAAAUAUUACAAUAUUGUAGCCUCUAAAGAUCUUUGGCAUGGUAGCUUUGUCACUAUAUCAUUCAACUGUCUAGUUUUCUUUUUAGUUUGAACAAUAUGCCAUAUGACACACAGCGUUGGUUGGCCUUACUAUAUUAAGCAGGUUGGCUUCAUUUGUCUGUUACCUUUUUGUUGAUUUUUCUUUUUAUACACCUGUUUUACAUCAUAGUUUAUUGUGUAUGCAGUGUCUGUUUAAGAGCAGGUUUGGCAGGCCUUAUGGUCAUUUACAUUUCAGUCACAUCAGUGAGUGGGAUUUUGUCAGAGGAAAUGCUGUCUGUAUGCCAGACUUGUGUAUAUAGAGAUAUUAAACCAUGUCUCUAGUUUAGUCAGUAAUUGAAAAUGAAUUGACCUGGGUGAGACAAAGAUAUCAACAUUGUAAAGUGGAAUAUUUGGAUAAGUUCUGUGCAACUUAAGACUCAGCAUCUCAAUAUAUCUACAACUUCACUAACACUGUGACACCAGGUAUUAAAGGUUGUUGUUUUUUGUGA